AUGGCUGAGAACCCACCAGAAGAGGCACCGCCAGCAGUUCCGGCUGAGGAGGCUCCAGCUGCACAAGAAGCUCCUCCGGAAGUCGCAGUUGCUGGAGAAGAGGCAGCUGAAGUCGUUCAGAUUGAAGGCGAGAAAACAGAAGGCGAGAAAACGGAAGGCGAGCAAACAGAAGGCGAGCAGACAGAGCAAACAGUCGAAGGGGAAGGCCAAACGGAGGCUUCGGGUGAG